AAAAUGAAAAAUAGAAUGUGACUAAACCAGUUAUGUGUGGCCUAGACAGUAGAUACGACUCGUUUCUUCACAGACUUCACGACUAAAAGUUCUGCAUUGCUUCCUCACCCUUCACUUCAACUCCUUGUUAUCAUCAUCUUCCUCACUCAUCUUCCAUUCCAUGGACUCCAUCAUCAAAUCACCCUUCCCAGUUUUCAUGACCAACCCAUUUUCACUCUCUGCAAGACCUCUCAGCAGACCCUUCAAGGUUUCCAUCAAACCACCACCUCCAGGUUUCGAUUACAGGCUAGAGAUAUUCGAGGAGUCCAGAGCCGCCAUAGCUGCAUCUCACCCUGAGUUGCUCGACUUGGCUGACAAUGGGAGCUUGGUUUUGGUCCAGAAGAAGAGGUUCGGACCUGUCCCUUCUUGGAGAACUGAAUUUGUCGAACCUGAGUCAAUAUGGUUGGUGGGAACUACCCAUGUUUCGAAAGAGUCUGCUUUUGAAGUAGAGCGUGUUGUAAAGGCUGUUAGGCCAGAUAAUGUGGUUGUAGAACUCUGUAGAAGCAGAGCUGGGAUCAUGUAUGCUACUGCUGAUGAUGAGCUUGGCAAACAAUUAAGGUCUAAUAUGUUUUCUUUGAGCGGGACUGGGUUUUUUGGAGCUGUUGGUCGUAGCAUAAACCUGGGUGGUCAAACUGCUUUAGCAUUACGAUUACUUCUGGCUGCUUUUUCAUCAAAGAUCUCUUCAGAUAUUAACCGACCCUUCGGUGAUGAGUUCCGUGCUGCUCGAAAAGCUUCUGAGGAAGUUGGGGCGCAAAUAGUUUUGGGAGAUCGGCCAAUUGAAAUAACACUUCAGAGAGCUUGGAAGUCUUUGAAAUGGACUGAGAAAGUGAGUUUAGUGAGAUCAGUUAUUCGUGCGAUAGCAUCUUCAUCUAAUAUUUCUUCAAAUGAACUUGAGUUGCAGGAAGCUAGGUCAGAUGGUGGUAAAUUUCAGCUUUAUGAGCAACUGAGUUUUUCAUAUCCAUCACUAUUGCCGCCUCUUAUACACGAAAGAGAUAUUUAUCUUGCAUGGUCUCUGAAGCGGAGCAAAGCUGUGAAUAACUGUAAAAGUGUAGUUGGUGUCAUUGGAAAAGGCCACAUGAAUGGUGUUGUAUAUGGACUGGUAUCUGAUACAGGGAGUUUGAGGUUUCGAGACCUUGCAGGGAAAAAUUCAGAUGAUGGGGGCUGGAUUGAUGGCCUAGUCAAGAGUUUAGUGAGGGACACCAUCAUCGGCAUCAUCUUAUGGGCCUUAUACGAAUUCAUAAACGGCAGAACAUAAACCAAACCCAUUACUUAUUCAGAUUUGGUGAGAAAUCCCAAUCUUCAAGAGCAAAAGAUUAUACUAAGAGAUUUUAUCUUAGUUGUACAUCAUGAUUUACAUAAAGCAGGUACGCCAUUGCUUUGUUAUGAAGAAAAAAGAGAUACAACAGGAGAGAAGAAAGGGAGUGCUAGUUUUAUAUUUUGCUAGUUAUGUGAUGGGAAUAUUGUUUGCAAGUAAUAUUUCCCAUUGCACUAAAAUACAGAUAUGAAAAUUGUAACUAUUUGUACCACAAUGCCACUGGUUAGAGAAACAGGUUCAUGUACUUUCUUACAUAAAUUGGUCACUUUUUUAUCA